CAAGCAAUAAGAUGGGCCUCAAAAACCUGUGUUCCAAAAUUUGCCGGAUCGUCAUUUCUGGAAAAUUGAAACCCAAAUUCAAGUCCAGAACCCAAUUAACAUUAAUCGGAUCAUCGUAUAAUAGUUUUAAGAAAAAACAAUUUUUGAUACACCGAAAACUGGAAAUUGAAAGAAAAACUUGCAAUUGUUGCAGAAAAAAAUGGCACUGAAAAUAAAUGCAAAUUAUCUUCUUACACCUUCAACUGUACCUCUUCGUUUCAACAAACCCACAAAAUUUCGCCAUUUUUGUGUAAAAAAUUGCAACAGUAGUGGCACCUUUGAUGCUGAUAAUUCUCGUAAGCUUGUUUUGGAAGUGAAGGAAAGGCUCAAAACUCAACAUCACAAGCUCCCUGUAGGCAAGAAUGGGCGAGAUGAUGAAAGCAUGAUCCUUUGGUUUCUCAAGGACCGCAAAUUCGUUGUUGAUGAAGCUGUGGAAAGGCUGAGUAAAGCUAUUAAAUGGCGUCAAGAGUUUGGAGUGGAUAAUCUGUCUGAAGACUCAAUGAAAAGGGCAGCUCAAACAGGCAAAAGCUCUGUGCAUGACUUCCUCGAUGUGAAUGGGAGACCCGUGCUUAUAGUGCAGGCAUCAAAACAUUACCCAGGAAUGCAGGAUGAGGAUGAGAAGUUAUGCGUGUUUCAGAUUGAGAAAGCUCUGAGCAAGCUCCCAGAAGGCCAAGAACAGAUACUUGGAAUAAUCGACCUCAGGGGCUUUGGUACUGCAAAUGCAGAUAUGAAUUUCUUGACAUUUUUGUUUGAUGUCUUCUACUACUACUAUCCAAAGAGAUUGGGGCAGGUGCUCAUGGUGGAAGCGCCUUUUGUUUUUAAACCUCUUUGGCAGCUGGCAAAGCCCCUCCUGAAACAGCAUGCAUCUCUGGUGAGAUUUUGCUCAGUAGAGACAGUCCGAGAAGAAUAUUUUACACCUGAAACCGUUCCUGCUAUCUUUAGAGAUGAGAAAACCACACAGAAUUGUCCACAAACAUAGCCGUUCCAAAGUAGUCAGAAUAUUCGGUUGUAGGCCUUUGUGAACAUUUUGGGUGAUUUGAGAGCUUUUUCAAUGGCAUCUAGCCAGAACAGGUUUUGGAGCAACAUUAAUAUUAUCAUGAUAAGGAAGGUGAAUUCAGUGUUUUACAGUAGGAUUCUUUCGAUGUAUAUGCAUACCCACCAGGUUGCUAAAAUAUUUGAAGUCUAUUGUAAAUUAAGAUAUGUGAUUAAAUUUGAAUACUUUUUUAACAAAGUUAGAUGGUCAGUAAUUCUGAUCGGAACAUCCAAAGCUCUGAAAAAUGGAGAUGGGGGGGAGAGGCGAGGCACCAGUGGCGUGGCUACCAGCAACACACUGCCCUGCAAACCUCUCACAACCUAAGGGGCCACCACAAUGUUGGGGUUUUCGCAUGAUUAGGGGCAGUAUUUGCGUAUUUGUUUCGGGGUCUCAGUAAUAAUUGCCCUUCAAGGGGAGGAACACGGAAACAACCCCUUUGUUGAAUUUGGUCCAGGGUUCCAACCCGGAAUGUUUAGGGUUCAGGGUUACAUGGGUUCAUUCAAAUCAUGCUAACCCCAACCCCUCCACCUCCUUGAAGUUGGGUGUUUUAGUCUUCAGAUUAGUUAUAAAGGCUGUUCUUGGUUGUUAUUUUCUCCAUGUGGGAGAAGCCUAACCUUCUACACUAUUAGUUCCCUGGUUAAAGUGUUUAUUGUGGGUCAAAAUUGAUCCUACCAAUGACUAACUUGUCUUUGAAAUGCUCUUUUUGAAACUUGUCUUUGGUAUAUCAAAUGCUUUAAGCUUUAUGGAAAAACUAAAAAUUUUAGUCAACUUGAUCUAAACAUCAAUUGACCAAGCUUGAGCUACAUAUUACAAUGUCGAAUUUGGAGUUAACUUGAUCAUGACUAUCCCCAAGUUGGUCAAGAAAUUCAAUACGAGUAAUUAGUUUCCUUUCUUUUAUGUCACUCGUGACUCCGUGAGGCCGUUACUAUUUUGCACGACUAAUUACCUAUAUUCUUGACGAUUUGACUAUAAGUCUUUGUUUGGUUGUAUGGAAAAUUGGGAAGUAAUUUAGAGUAGGAUGGUGGUUUUUAUCACGUAAUUUCAAUUUUGAGUAAUAGUUGUUUAAUUGAGCAUAAGAAUUUUCACUUCUCGUGAGAAGUUCAACCUACCUAAAGAGACUUUGGUAAAUUACUUCCUUUAUUUUGUGGGAAGUAUGACUUCAACUAACAUGAUUUUGUCAAUUAAACAACUCCACCUUAUUCGUGGAAGUGUGAACAACUCCAAAGGGCUAUUCACUCUUUCUUUUACUCUAUUCAUGGUUCUCUUUUGCCUUCUCUCUCAAUUAUAUUUCCCCUCCAAUAGCUUUACUAUUUACUUACAAAAUAUUGUUGAAUUACUCACAAAUGUAAUUAUACAUACACUUUCUUGACCAAUAGUGCGGAUAGC